CCGGCUCCUGUUAGCUCAGCCUCGCCUCCUUACAUAAGACCAGAGGCUAUAAACAGCCUGGCAGGGGCUGCUGACUCCCCAGAGAUCUCCCUCCCCACAGCUGCAAGGAUGAAGGUGGUGGACGUGGGCUGCGACCCUUCAGAGGUGUACAGGCCAGAGAGCGAUGCGGAGAAUGGGAAGUCCAAGGGGGACUACAGGAAUUUCAAGGAUGGGCCCCUGAUGGACCGAGUGUAUAACACUUACUUGCAGAUGCACACCAACCAGACGGUGGAUUUUGUACAGAGGAAGAACGAGGAGUAUGGAGGCUGCUGUCUCCGUCGGAUGACCAUCAUGGAGGCCUUGGACCUGCUGGACAACGUGGUUGAUGAAUCGGACCCCGACGUCGACUUCCCCAAUUCCUAUCACGCCUAUCAGACGGCGGAGGGGAUCCGAAGGGCACACCCCGACAAAGAUUGGUUUCACCUGGUCGGGCUACUUCAUGACAUUGGAAAGAUCUUGGCACUCGUUGGGGAGCCACAGUGGGCCGUGGUGGGCGACACUUUUCCAGUGGGCUGCAAGGUCCAGGACUCUGUUGUCUUUCGGGACUCCACUUUCCACAACAACCCCGACAUGACGAACCCCUUGUACAACACAAAGUAUGGGAUCUACCAGCCUCAUUGUGGCUUGGAGAAUGUCCUGAUGUCCUGGGGCCACGACGAGUACAUGUACAAAGUGAUGAAGCACAACAAAUUUGCUCUCCCUCAGGAGGCUUUCUACAUGGUCCGCUUCCACUCCUUCUAUCCCUGGCACACAGGAGGAGACUACAUGCACCUGUGCAAAGAGGAUGACCUCUGGAUGCUGCCCUGGGUGAAAGAAUUCAACAAGUUCGACCUGUACACCAAGUGUGGGGAGUUGCCCAAUCCGUCAGAGCUGAAGCCAUACUACCAGAGCCUGAUCGACAAGUACUGCCCAGGUGAGCUUUCCUGGUGAUGCUCAAAACGGGCUCUGCUUCCUUGUCGCCGACCCGGCCGCUGCUGCAGGAUGGACGUGUGCCAAUCUCUCGAUGACUUCGUAACUGCAAGGAACAGGGUGCGAGGAAACACGUGGGAGGGCAACACACUUCAGGCCGUUUCAGCAUGUUUUCCGAAAAACGGCGAAAUCCAUUCGAAACGGCACAAGAUCCCUCUGUCAAAAACCAAUAAAACGCUAUUCAAAUUGUAA